GUAUUUAUUUUGGGACACUUUUUAUAAACUUUAUAGGGAAUAGCGUUUAAACCAGGAGAUGACGCAUUCCUUCUGGUUGCUAAAAGAGUUAAAAAAGUCUUUCUAUUUAAGAGAAUGUGAGGGAAAAAUUUUCGUAAUAGAAGGGGCAGCAGGAAGACCUUCUAGAUUACACAAGGGAACGUCAUACAAUUUAUCCUUGACAACCAAAGAUUUAUAAUUGUCAAAUGUCUGUUGAUCGACACGCAGUGUGGCUGCACACUUGGGAUCAAGCAAGGCUGCAAACGGGUUUGUCCUGAAAGCAGACUGUGCCUCCUUGAACCUAACCUUCUUCCUUAGACGUCUCUCUGCCCGACGUAUUACCUUGAUUUUUUCCCUUGUUUCGGCAAGCAGCUGCUGCAGAGCGAACUUUUGAGCAACCUCUACGGCAAAUAAAACUUGAGUCACAAGAGAGUUUUUUAAAUUUAUUAAAUUAAUAGAGUGUAAGGUUCUCCUAUUUUUCCCAGAAAUAUUUUUAACCUUCUUUGCUGCUGGAUGACCAAGGAUUUGUGCAGCUUCCUCAUAAACAGUGUCAGCAGCAGCUUCCUCAUAAACAGUUCCAUCAGUUUGACUUUAGUUGAAAGGGAGUCACAUAGACUUAUGGAUAACUUGGUAGCAACAGCCCUGUCCAGGGUCGACCAAAGAGGAUCGUUCAUCUUGCCCCAUUUUAUUGGUGUCUUAAUAUGCAGGUCUUUCAGAUAUUUCUCAUCAAUGUGACAGGAGUAAUUCGUGUGGUUCUUGUCCAGAAAUACACUCGCUGUCUGAAACUUUUCAGCACCACGUUCAGAGAAAAUAUCAUUGAGAACGACACUGUACUUUUUUAGGGGAGGAAACUGAUCUGAGUGACAAGGAUAAGCUGUCUCGCUUACCUCAAAAUCAACAUCUUUGUCACUGUAGUAGUUUUGAGGGUUUGGGUUAUUGGAAUUCAGUACUACAGUGAAUAAAUAUGCACAGGACAAAAGACCACCCUGCGUCGCCUGGCGCAUAGGGCAAGGCUAUAGGUGUCAGUAUUUAUAAGGAAAUGGCUCAAUCUUCAACAUUCUACCACUAAUUUAUGUCUUUAUGCUUCCAUCUCACCUUGCUCUCUACCGAUAAAAAGCCUAACUUCCAUACUCAAGUCCGCUAAGAUCAGUGGACACUUACUGCUAAGGGAUUCUAAAGAUCCAUUGGUUUCGGCAGCUAUACCAACAUUAAAGGUCGGUAGAUGGAGCGUGUCCAAUUCAGUCAGAAUUGCUGAAGCAGAAUUAAAGAUUAAAGAAAUUAUGGGUUCACCCCAUUUCGGUAAGGGCGGUUUAGGUCUCUGUCCUAAACCUAAGGGAACUUCUCUUAGACAGUCUCAUUCUUACAGGAAAUUAGUAUCGGUGACUGCAAAAGAAAUUGAUGGUGAAAAGGAUAUAAGCAGAGCUUUGCAAAUACAGGUACAGGUAAGUUGGACCAGAUGGGACAACUACAUUAAGAACGACCUCUCCUGGAAGUCCUUGCUUGCCAUGCCACCAAACCUGUUGUCGUUCUGUUUAAGCUCCACCUAUGAUGUUCUUCCUUCUCCGAGUAAUUUAAGGCGUUGGCGUAUAUGUACCGAAUCCUUAUGUUUCUUGUGUUGAAAACAAGUCUGCACUACAGCUCACAUUUUAGGGGCCUGCAAAACGGCUUUAACACAGGGUAGAUUUACGUUUCGUCACGACUCUGUCUUGCGCGAACUUUUACAGUUGAUCACCACGUUUUCCAAAUCUAUUUCCUCUCCUGUAAAGCACCUAAAUAAUGUAAAAUUUGUUAAAGCAGGUAGUCACUCAUCUAGCAAAAAAUCAAAACCGGUAGGCCUUUUGCAUCUUGCCACUGACUGGUUAUUUCUUUCAGAUUUAAAUGGUGAACUUAUUUUUCCUGGUCAUAUUGCCAUAACAUCGCUUAGACCAGAUCUUGUCCUGUAUUCCAACAACAGCAAACGUGUUAUUUUAAUUGAACUUACAUGCCCUUGUGAGGAAAACAUGGAAACCUGGCACUCCAAAAAGCUCUCUAAAUACAUCCCUUUGAUAAAUAUCAUCGAGCAUAAUGGAUGGCACGUAAAUCUGUUCGCGAUCGAAGUGGGUGCACGUGGAUAUUGCUUUCGGUCAGUUGCAAUUUGUUUAAAAAGAUUGGGUUUCCCAAACAAAGAAGCUUUCCAAGCCUUCCGGAAAUUAGGCGACAUUUGUAUGAAAGCAUCCUUCUGCAUUUGGCUAGCCAGGAACUCAAUUACGUGGAACCAAGGCAGCUGCAAUCUUGUGCCAGGCUCAACAUCUGUUCCUACCCCUCUAUUGCCAAAGGUUACAAGCCCGCAGCAACAACAACAGCAUCAACAACGAAGGCCAACUGUGGAUAAAAGUCACUCACACCCGGAACCAGAACCGCCUACCAACAGCACUCCAGCAAAACCAACUUAUGCUGGUCUGUUUAAUAAAGGGAAUACAUGCUAUGCUAUUUCUAUCCUGCAAGCAUUAUCUGUAACUCCUGCACUUUGGUCACAAAGUGCAUCGGAGUCCUCUUUUGUUUCCCCCCUGGCCAAGUCCGUCUUGCGGACUAUGUCUCUGUUGUCUAAAUCCACCUCAGUUGUAGACCCUUCCGCUUUUCUCCGAGCGUUACAACGUAAGAUGUCCAAUGCUAGGAACAACCCAUUCAAUAUUAACACACAGCAGGAUGUUCCUGAGAUUCUACCUCAUGUAUUAAACGAGUUAACAGGGCCAUCAGUUAUCGCUAACAAUAUUAUUACCAACAAAGUAACUACAACAAUAUCUUGUAAUUCAUGCCUCUUGUCUUCCAGUAGGGAGGAAAGUAUGUCCAUUCUGCCACUCCCUGUUUCAAACAACAUAACAGGCUCCAUUAAAGCUUUUUCGCAACCAGAAUAUAUGUGUGGAAAUGACAGAUGGAUGUGCCCACAGUGCUCUUCCCUUCAAGACAGUACCCGGGAAACUGUCUUCACCCAGUGUGGAGAUAUACUGAUCAUCCAACUGAAAAGGUUUAAUUGUAUCCAAGGAAGAUCUGUGAAAAAUAAUAAAUUUGUUUCUUGCCUCGCCCAAGGUCACGACACCCUAAAUGUUUAUUCCCAUCCUGCGGAGGAUAUAUCAUUCACAAACCAAUAUAAAUUAACCGCCACUAUUAAUCAUUCAGGCACACUGGCGGCUGGUCACUACUGGGCUUUCAUAAGAGAUCAGGGUGUUAAUACAUGGUUAAAAUGUGAUGAUAGGGCAGUGAUUAGAGUCAAGCCAUCUGAUCUAGAUAACUCCACAGUGUAUGUGUUAUUUUUUGUCAAAAUUUAAAUAGUGUGAAUUCGCACUAAAACGGGAGUACAUUAUAUCAAAAGAGGGGGAGGGAUCUCUUUUUCCUAGCGGUUUGAAAUUACCCCUGCUGUGUGUUUUACAUACAGUUUACCGUUAUUCACGAGUUCGCUCACUCGCCCCUUUCCUAGAAAGCAAUUAUAAGAAGCUUAGCAAGGGGGCUUGGCAAUUGCCUUGUCUUUGGGUGUAACGACCCCACUUAUAACCCCAGUUCUGUAGGGAGGCUAAGUUGGCUCACUUAGUCUACCGGGUUAACGAUCCUGCUAUACCUGAUGUUACGAAGAAGCUAUAUAAGGGGUUUUCAUUUCUAUCUUUCUUGUGUCCGUGACUUUACAUCCACGUUCAUUACUCCACUGUCUUCAGGCUGGUCCAAAGCAAAUGGCUGGUCCAAAGCGACAACUACCCGUGUAAGGCUGAGUGUUGGGAUCCCGUAUCACAUGUGGAAAGCUACUGCCAGGUUCACAAGUCCUGGCACUCGGGUGGUUGUCUACUCAUAUUUAUAGUUUUAUAUUUAUUUAUUUAUUUUUAUAGUAAAUUCUUUGUUGUAUUGUUGUCGUUAUGUCUGUCUUCUGUUUUCAUGUUGUCAGUUUUUGUGUACCGACCGUUAGUUGUACGUAUUAUAUUGUGUAGAGAGGGCUGUUUGGUUCAAUUACCUUGAAUCUACAGACUAUCCUUGCAAAAAGGGAGAUCUUGCAUUGCGUUUUGAUCUUUAGAGGGUGUAACCUCUACAAUUUUAACUUCAAGGGUCGUUAGACCAGUUCCAUCAUCACAGCUUGCUGUCUUGUUAUCUCAAAAUCAUAUAUGUCUAUAUAACUAUAUACUACGUCAAAAUAUUAAAAGUGCAUACUGUUGUGCAAAAGAAAAUUUUUAAAAGAAGAAAAGUCUGGGGAUGGGUUGAGAGGAAUGAAUUAAGAACAGCAAGUGUUAGCAUUAUUUUUUUUUACCACCUAUAUCCUCCUCCUCUCCCUCUUCCACCGUUCUUCCUCUUCAACUUCGCCCGCUCCCGCAUAUCAUCCUCCUGUGUAAAGGUGCGUGAGCCACCAGACGCCUUCCAGGAUUUGUAAUUUUGGGAGCUUAUAAAAGCUCCCAAAGUCUUAUUUUGGGACAAAAGUCCCGGAAGGCGUCCCACCACAAAUCCAAUUUCUCUGCUGAUAACUCCUAAAAAAUAAGACAAUUGUGGAAAUGCCACAUUCUAAACUUCUAAUCGUUCACUAAGUUACUGUUACUGUUUUAUUACAUUCUACACUUCAAAGCAAUUAUUUCUAGUGCAUAACUUACUUUAACUUUCUCCUCUAAAGCCUCAAUUUCCCCCCCCCCAGGGUAUCAAUUCUCUGCUUUAACUCCUACAUAAAGAUAUCUCUCAAAUUAAUUGAAUACUUUCAUAUGCUAAUUCUUGUAUGCUAAUCCAACUAAGUAUUAUAUUAUCUUAUUUGGCUGCUAAAAGUAGUAGAGGUAGCCUUUAUCUCAUUCGUAUAAUGAGAUGACAAUGAGUUCAUAUACAUAAUGCAAUCUAUGGCAGUCAGGAUACCAAGCCAAUAACAACAGCUAGUCUAUGUAAGACCGCCUUUAUGUGGCAAAACUUUAGCAUUUAUUUUAAAGAUAUAAUACAGAAACAUGAACACCAUCCUCAGUAUUAAAUUUUAAUACAAAAAAGCCUUACAUGAAUGCAAAAUUUUGCAUUAAAGAAAUGCAAUUUUAGUAUUGAAAAGGUAAAAACCGAACUAUGAAAAUACUUACAUUUACCAGCUCACUUUCCAUUUUUAAAUAUUUCACUAAAUAGGGAGUUAAAAGCACCGAAAUAAACAAGAAUGUUUGCAAACAUUUCAUGCAAAGAGAGUUUUAUUGCCCUGGCUGUUGGUUGAAGAGCGUGUAGACACAACAUGUAGACAAAAACAACACGAUCUAUUAAAUUUUAAAAUCCUAAAUUAAAAAUUUCAUCAGGCCUAUCAAUACGAAAAUAACACCAGAGCAACAAAUCGCUCUCAUAAGGUUACAAUAAUUUAAACUGGGCAAGCAUUCUAAAUAAAUAGAAUAAGUUUAAAAAAAGUCCUUUUUAUCUAUUUAAUUUCAUCUUUUUUUAUAUAUUUUAGUUCUUUUUUACUGUAAACAAUAAGAAAGAGAACAUUGAUUUCCAUGUGAGAUGAAUUGAUAUUGCUCAGGCAGAAAAACUUUUUUCGGAAUUGGGAGAGCAAUUAAUAGCUCACCUAGUUUCUUAUUUCUUAGAGUUAAGUUAGCGUUUGCGUGAGCAAGAGCAAUUGCUCGCCCCUUAUUGAUAGGCCUGAAAAGUCUACAAGCUCUUCUUGACAACCUGCACCACGAGAAGGUAGCCAAUGGGACUAAGCAGGUCAUACCUAAAAUAAAGGGCAGAUUUAUGUUGCAAUUAACAUUUUAAGUAAAAAAGAGUUACCCCAUUUUGGAGAUGUACACCCCAUUUUGGUGAUGUACUGG